AUAUAUUUAUUUAUUCGUAGCAAUCCUCGUUGUCAACGAACCAUAAUAUUCCAACAAGCGCUCAACACUCUCGAAGCUUUAAAAAUUAAAUUAAAAUAUUCAACAAAGUACAAAUAACCCACCAAAUACGGUAUGGCUCAUUACAGCCACUUCCAAUCCUGUACGUACUCCAAAGCUUCUCGUCUUUUCCCGGCUCAGCACUAGAGAAGUCAACAAUUUGCAGAUGAACAACUUUUGUUUUGGAAGCAUCCUUGAAGGCAAUCAUUAGAGGCAAUUCCAAAGUCAAUUCAGAAGGCCAAUCAUCAGGAAGACGAUUUAAAAAAAUAUUUUCUAUUAAAAAUUUUUUAAUGCAAAAUUCUCAAAGAAAUAAAGGGACACUUAGAAAACGCCAACCAAAUAUUAGUAAUGAUUUAAGUAAUAAAACAAAUGAUAUUACAAUUAAUUCAUUUCGUCAAAGAAAGACAUUUUUGGAAGAUUUUCUCACAAAUUUGGCCAAUUACUAUUUAUUUAUUGAUGUUACAAAGAAAGUAAUUGCUUAUCUCAUUUUGGUGUCGAUACUUUCUGUUAUAGCUGAAUUUGUUGAACUUCCAAGGGAUUUGUAUAUUAAACAUAAUGUAUUUAAUCGAUUUGGAACGAAAAUUGGCUGGUUUUGGACUUGUCUUUUACUUUCUCCUUUUAUGUGGAUUACUUCUUUAAUUCACAAUGAAAGUUAUUUGAAAGCUUUUUAUAGCCAAAUACGUUUAUUAAUUGCGACAAUUGGUUGGUAUUUGUGGACAAAUGCAUUUAUUAAAUUUGAAGAUCAAACAGGCGUUUGUCAAGGAUUAAAUAAUUCUUCAAGGAUAGAUUGUCACAGUGGUGGCGGAAAGUGGAUUCCAGGUUUUGACGUAAGCGGUCACACAUUUCUGUUACUUUAUAGUAUUUUAAUUAUAUCUGAAGAGUCUUUCUCUUUCAAAAAUUUGCCUUCAAAACCUCAAUUAAUUUCAAAGAAUUUACCUACAAAUCAACAAAUUAAGCGUUUUGAGCAGAUCAGAAAAUUUGUUGAGCGAAAUUUUAUUGGCCUUUUUCUUUUACAUUUACUUUGGGACUUUCAAUUAAUUGUGACUGCUUUAUAUUAUCAUAAUUUUUUGCAAAAAUUGGUUGGUGCUGCAAUUGCUGUUGGUUGUUGGGCUGUUACAUAUCGUUUUUGGUUUGUUGUUGGAUUUCCAUUCCUUCCAAUGAGGAGAAAUGUUUGA